AUGACUAUCCCCUCGGCUCCCAAGACCCCCAGCUUCCCCAAGCCCAUGAGAGUCAGCGGUGCUCUGAACGAGUACACCUAUACCGAGGUCGCCCCGGCACUUGGGCGUGACUAUCCAGACCUUCAGUUGUCCAGUAUCCUGAAUGAUGACGCCAAAAUUCGCGAUUUGGCCAUUGUCGCUGCUGAGCGGGGAGUAAUUUUUCUGCACAACCAGGAUAUCUCCAUGGGUCAAUUCAAGGAGUUGGUUCACCGGUUUGGAGUUCUCACCGGCAAGCCUCAAGAAUCUCGCCUCCACAAACAUGGCUUUUCGAGCACCAACAACAAGCACCUCGGCGUUGCCGAAGCAAUGGAUCCCGAGCUCUACGCCGUCUCCUCUGUUAACAACCAGAGCGCCUUUGACAACUUCCUCUCUGUUGCAGAGAUGAAGUUUUCCAGCCGUGGAUGGCAUACCGACGAGUCCUACGAACAUGUGCCGGCAGACUACUCUGGAUUCAAGAUGGUCAAGGCUCCGAAGACGGGAGGUGAUACUGUCUGGGCGUCAUCUUAUGCCAUCUACGAACGUCUUUCGGGCCCAUUCCAGAAGCUCGCCGAGUCCCUUCAAGCUACUCACGGCGAGCCCGAUAUCACACCUCUCAAGACCCACAAGGGUCUGGAUGUCCGCACCGAGGAGCGUGGACAUCCCGAGAACGUUGGCGACCACUUCUCCGCGACCCACCCCGUUGUGCAGACCAACCCCGUCACUGGGUGGAAGAGUCUCUUUGGCCUGGGAUGGCAGGUCUCCCAGGGUGGAAUUGAGGGGGUGACUGAGCACGAAAACCAGCUCUUGCAAGCUUACUUCUUGAAACUCAUCACGGACAACCACGAGCUCCACGUUCGUCACCGCUGGCAGGUCAACGACAUUGCCAUCUGGGACAACCGUUCGGUUUUCCACAACCCCACCUACAAUGUUUCCGAGGAGCGGCUCGCCUUCCGUGCGGUCUCCAUCGGGGGCAAGCCCUACCUGGAUCCCAACUCCAAAUCCCAGAGCGAAGAUCUUCGGGCUCGCUCGCUCGCGUAGAAGGCCCGUCGCGCACCAGAAGUCUCCCCAUCGCGGCUGAUAUCAAGUACUACUCAGCAUGGGGAGAUAGGCCGUGCUUCUCCGUCCGCGGAGCGAUCAGCAGGGCAAAUGCUCUGCUCUCUAGUUUGUGGCUUCCUAGUCACUGGUAGAUUGACUCCUCC